GCCUGCCCCGCCCUCAGAUCGUUUGCGGCAUGGCAGUAAACAAAGCCAUGUCGGCGACAGGAAGACGGGUUUUGUCGCAAGCCCGUAUUGCCAGCGGGAAGGUAGUGCUGCGGAGGGAGACAACACCACACACCAGACCUACCUGGUGGAGAAUUGGGAAGUGCGUGUGUGGCGGUGCAUUGGCUCUGCCUGUGGGGCUCUACUUUUGCCUCUCGCGUCUCCUUCCCUCGCCCCCCGACUGGAGUGUUCUCUCCAGCCAUGGCUGACUGCACCACGCAGCCGUUAGUGUCAGAGAUAGUGGCUCGUGCUGAUGAGCUCUACGAAGCCAACCAGAUGAGAGAAGGCCUCAGCUACUUGAAACAGUACGCACACUUGGACGAAGUAGAGGUGACACUCCUUGCAUUGGACUAUGCAUACAAUCACCCUUUAUCAGUUGGUGUUAUGGCGACUGGCGCGGCUCUGCUACAAGGCAGGGAAGUACCAGACGGAGUUCAGGAGGAGAAGAAGAGACUGGCAGGGGAGGGGUGGAGCUACAUCGAGAGAGCUCUCGCCGCCGGAGGAGACAGACACAACGGGUGCAGACGAUGGGCCGGGAUCUUGCUCAGCUGGUCCAGCGAGUUUGAGGGAAUCAAGAAGAAGAUUGAGAAAGGUUUCGAGAUCAGAGAUCAUUUCCUAAGUGCCAUAGAGUGUGAUGCUAAGGAUGCUACCAGCAUGCACCUGUUGGGCCAGUGGUGCUACUCUGUGGUGUCUGUCCCCUGGUACCAGAGACAGGUGGCCAGCGUCUUCUUUGCCACUCCACCACAGUCCACCUAUCAAGAGGCGCUGUCAUACUUUGAAGCUGCAGAAAAAGCUGACCCAGGGUUCUACAUGGUCAACUGGCUGUGGAUUGGCAAGUGUCACUUGGCUCUGGGCAAGAGGGAGGAGGCAGAGCCAUGGCUGGAGAAAACGGCAAAGAAAGAAGCAGCAGAGCUCCUAAAGAAGUUGUGACAUUCAUAAUUUUCAGUUCUUCCGACACAGUAACAGGAGAUAAUUUUGCAUCAAACCUUUCUCUCAGCAUAAUUUAUUUUUUCUAUAUACUUUGUUUCAUCAUAAAACCCGUAGAUAAUGCUGUGGUGAUGAAAGACUGUAUGAGCCAUAUUAUACGCAGUGUGACAAUGAAAUGAGAAUAGAUAUAAAUCAGCUACUGCUACCUUCAGUUGCAGUAGUACCAGGUGUACCCUCUAGUUCUCCCAGUCUCCCCUGUUCUCGCUCUAUCUCUGCUCGGUGAGCCGGACUGAGAUCCAGGAUCUCGGCCACGUUGAAGUGCUUCCUCUUGCUGAGCGGCUGGCAGCUCCGUAUCAUCACCAGGUCCCCCACGCGACACGAUGACUCGGGGUCGUGACAUAGGUACUUCUUACGACGCUUUACGUACUUCAGAACGUGUGGAUGCAGUACCAUUCUCGUGACUUCGACUUUGGCCGUCUUCAUCAUCUGCGUGCCGAUUACCUUUCCCACAAACUGCGCCAUGAACACGAGCAAGAGGGGAGAGAUGAAAGAGAAGGCGG